GCUCAUAACUGGUCGAGCCCACGUUUACGGAUCAGCGGUCACGUGGGCGGCUCGCACACGCCUCCUUGUUGACUGUGUCUGGGACUGUGUGGAUGACGCACUGAGGCUCAGCGCGAAGAUGGCUCCCUUCCCGGACGAGGUGGAUGUUUUCACUGGCCCACACUGGCGAAUGAAGCAGCUGGUGGGCUUAUACUGCGAAAAGCUGUCAAAGACCAACUUCUCCAACAACAAUGAUUUCCGCUCAUUUCUCCAGUCACUCUGCGCCACCUUCAAGGAGUUCAAGAUGCAUGAACAAAUUGAGAAUGAGUACAUUAUCAGCCUGUUGCAACAACGCUGCUGCACUGUGUACAAUGUGCACGCUGACAACAAACUCUCAGAGAUGUUGACCCUCUUUGAAAAGGGACUGCACAGUGUUAAGAGUGAAUAUGAGCAGCUUAACUAUGUCCAGCAGCUGAAGGAGAGACUAGAAGCUUUCACACAGGACUUUCUGCCCCACAUGAAGGAAGAAGAAGAGGUGUUUCAGCCUAUGCUUAUGGAAUACUUCACCUAUGAGGAGCUCAAAGACAUCAAGAAGCAGGUGAUAGCACAACACUGCAGCCAACAUCCAUGGGACUGUGCCGCUGAGGUACUGAAGGGCUUCACUUUGUGGAGCCAGGCAGAGGAGCUGCAUAAGGCCUUUAAAUAUGCGGAUCAUGAGAAGACGGAUUACGAGCUGGAAAAGAAAAAGGAUUCAUCAACCCACAUCUCCCAGCUCCCUACAGAAAUUAUGCUGAGGCUGUUCCAUUAUUUGGGUCCUCAAGAUCUGUGUCGCUGUAGUCAAGUGAGCAGCUCCUGGUCAGAGCUCGCUAAGACCGGCUCUCUGUGGAGGCACCUCUACCCUGUGCACUGGGCCAGAGGUGAUUAUUAUAAUGGUCCACCAGGGGAUCUGGACCAGGAGCCCAAUGACGUGUGGGUGAAGAGCCGGAAGAAUGAGGGUCGGGCUUAUCAGGAAUGGGAUGAGGAUGCUGAUGUUGAUGAGUCUGAUGUGUCGGACCACACAGUAGGCUCUCUGGCAAUUAGCACUGCUCGGCGGGAGAAGAAGCUUCUGAAUGGGAUUAUCCAGAAUCUACUGCCAGCUGUGGGCCCAUCUGUCAAGUCUAUUGUUCUGGCAUACAGUUCUACAGUCUCGAGUAAAAUGGUGCGUCAAAUCCUCAGUCUUUGCCCCAAUAUUACUCAUCUGGAUCUGACUCAGACUGAUGUUACAGAUUUCGCAUUUGACAGCUGGUCAUCUGUUGGAGCUUGUCUCUCUCUGGAGCACCUGGAUUUGUCGGGAUGUGAGAAGAUCACAGAUCACACCCUGAAGAAAUUGUCUUUUGGGCUUGGCGACCUCACGUCUUCAACCUGCUUUGACAAGCGUGUAGACCGACGAGCCAAGCUCCUUAAAAGCUCCACAGUACCCAUCACACUCAUGGAUGAGAGAAACCUUCAUCCAGUGGGACGGAAGCGACAGGCCAUCCUUUUCAAGCAGGGGACUGGACGUUGGGGGACUGCCCGCAGGCCCGCACAGGUUUGGGUACUGGACUCCUCAGACCUUGCUGAUAUUGAAGACGCUGCAGAAUGGAGCGGUCGUGGUGGAAUGUCUCUUCCUGAUGCAGGAAGCUUCGUUGAGACGCAGCUUUUGGGAACCUCGUGCUCCUGCAAGAAGGGCAGGGGGCGCGGGCAAAGGACAAAUGCCUCCUAUUUACAUCAGCAAUAUUCCAUGUCACGGGAAAUGUUCUGUGGUCACUCCACCUGCUGCACUAAUGACAUGGCCCUCAGAACCUUUAUUGGGCCCAAGUGCGAGUCAGGGACCACCAGAAACAUCACUGCAGAAUUUCGGACUAAGUGCUCCUCAUUUGAGGGCCUGCAGUGUCUGGAGCCCGAAAACAGGACUGACCAGUCAGAGACAAAACGCUCACUGAGAUUCCUCAGUCUCUCUGGAUGUUACCAAGUCACUGAUUUGGGUUUGAGGGCUCUGUCUCAGCGUGGAGGGCUUCCUGUUCUGGAGCAUCUCAACUUGUCCGGCUGCCUCUUCAUCACUGAGGUGGGGCUGCAGGAGCUGGUGUCAGCCUGUCCUUCCCUCAAUGAUGAACACUUCUAUUACUGCGACAAUAUUAACGGUCCACAUGCAGACACCGCCAGCGGCUGCCAGAACCUACAGUGUGGCUUCAGAGCCUGCUGUCGCUCUGGAGAGUGAUCCUGCCUAGCUAUGCUCUCCUCAAAUGUCAACAUCUCCUUUUUAUUGCACUUUAUCCUGGGAAAAGCAUUUGCUGUAUUUUGUGUCACAAAAUGUUUUGGAAUUCGAAACUGUAAUUUUGCUCCUGUUUUCCCCCAUUUCCAUCUAUAUUAAAUGGAAACAGUCCUUUGGAAAAGGAAAAUUAUGAUACAGGAUUUUAGGCAUCUGCAAAUGUACAUCCUGUUUUGUUUUUUUGGUUUUGAAAAGUAAAAAGUAUAGAAACAAACACCAAGUAGUUAGUGUUUUCUGUAUUUAAGUUUUUUUUUCUCACAAAAUGAUUUGGAUUCAUGCUUCCGUCUCCCACAGUUCAAAGUUGUCAUGUUGGUCUACACAGAGAAGGCAGAACAUUAUCUUCACAGAUUAAGCAAACACUAACAAACGCUGAUUAUCUUGUACCAAUGGCACACAUAUGAUGUAUUAGUACAAUAUAGUCAGUUUUCAUACUCUGGCUGCGUUCGAUGAGUUGUAUUCACCAUGCAGUGGAUUCAGACAAUACAAGGCAGCACAGUUCUGUCUGAUGGUCAACAUUCAGAGUCAAAGGGUCAGUGUUUAACAUUUAGGUAAAAUGGAUCUAUUGGCAGAAAUUGAAUAUAAAAUAAUCACAGUGAUGUUUUCACUAAUGUGUGAUCAUCUAAAUUUUAAGAAUUGCUUCCUUUACCCUAGAAUGGGCCCCUUGUAUUUAAAUACUUUAUAUUGACAUGGGGAGCAGGUCCUCUGUAGGGAGUUCCACCAUGGUUUUUACAGUAGCCCAGACUAGACAAACUAAACAUCUUUUGAGUUUUAACAACUGACUGUACCACAGCUUCUCUUUCAUGUUUUCUUUUUGUUUGUUUUUUUGGGAGGGGGGUAUUCAGCUGCAACAUGCAACUUCACCACUAGAUGUCACUGAAUUCUACAAACAACCUUUGAGGUUUUAGAAAAUGACAUGAAGGCAAGUCUAAAAACAAUAGGUUUUGGGCCGGGCUAAUCAAAAUGUCUGUGACACAACAAAAGGUGAAUACAACUUAAGAAGUCCUAGACAGGCUAAUUUACAAAGCAAUGUGCUCCAAUCUGCCUAUGAUACAUUUGGUCAAGCCCCCUGCUAAUGUGAUAUCUCUACUUGGGAAUUUGGGUAAAUUGAAUUUACAUGUAAGCUUAUUCAAAAGCCAUCUUCCUGGGAAGGUGGAUUCUGAGCUUUAUAUAGUAUUAAUUAAUGUAAAAUGUUUCAUGUUACAGCUGAAUCACCUCCCCUUCCAAAAUGAAAGCGAACCUGUGGAAACCUUCAGUUGUCAGGGAAUCUCAAAAGGUGUUUUAAUGGAAAAUUAUCAGUAUACUAUUAUAUUAGUUUUGCUUGUAUAAAUGCCAAGAUGACCUUUAACGACUUGCCUCACAACAGAUUUAAUAGGUUUCAGUCUCCGAAAGAUCCUUGACGUCAGAGCCACAAAUCUGAAGCUCACUGUGCUCAUCUCCACAAAGACCUUGACCUGUUUUGUUAUUUCCUGAGACUUCACACUUCACCUCUUCUCCUCAUAGACUGCAUUUAAAGAUCUUCUCACGCUCAGCUUACUAAAUCUACAUAAAAGAGCACACCUGUGAAUGUUCCCUCGUCUUUCACAUCUUCACAUGUCCGCAUGCUGUAAGAUCUGUCCGACCUUCUUUGCCAAAGAAUAAACGUGCA